AUGAUUUCUUAUCAUUAUAUUAUUUGUUUAGUUUUACUGAUAUAUUUUUCAAGAGCUACUCAUUCAUCCAUUCCGUUUAUAAUCAAUCCUGGCUGUAAUUUAAUUCAAUGUGAAACUUCUGGUUAUCCGGCUUUAUUUUAUGCAAAUCAUUUUAUUGCUAAUGAUACAAUUCAUAUAUUCUACUCGUCAUUCGAUGAAUUAACAAUUAGUCUUAUUCAAACAAAAAAAGGCUAUGAGCCAUAUAUUAAUUAUACAGCAUUAUUUAGUAAACAAUAUUCAAAUUCUAUCGUAUUUGAAGGCACAACACCGUUAAAUUCAUUCUCAUUAAUUAUUCGACGAUUAAUUAAAUUUAAUGAUAGAGACGAUACAGGUCGGUUAAAUGAUGACGAUAUUACAACAGAAUCCUAUUGUUUAAAUGGAUUAAAAACUAAUACAACUCGUCAAGAUAAUAAUACAAAUCAGCCAUCAUUUCAUUUACCAUUAGAUAACAUUAAUGGUGUUCUAAAUGUAGAUAUAAAUUAUCCCGGUGAAUCAAUGAGGGAUUUAAAGUUUCCAAAAUUACUUUCAACACCAAAAAGCUAUUUUCUUAAUAUAGCGUUGAAAGCAGAUAAUUAUACAUUACCAAACACACGAUUUGCUUUGGAAUUUUAUAUCAUACAAUUGGGUAUCGAAGGAACUCACUUUUCUUCCUCGAAAUAUAUCGAUGAUCAAUAUACACCAGGUAUUUUCAAUGUAUGGCAAAUACAAUCGUUGAGUUCGAUUUAUCCAUCGUCGAUGCUGUGGAAACCUGUUGUAUAUCAAGGUGUUGAUCGAAAAGUAGAAAAAACUACUUUGAUGGAAAUUUAUGGUUUAAAAAACAAUGUAACACUUACACCCUCUAUUGAUCAAGGAAUCUUUAAUAGUCUCUAUUCUAAACCGUAUGUAUCGGCUUUCAAUAUUUCAUUGGGUCAACCAAAAGAUGGUUUUUUCGCUAAAUCAAAUUAUACAUUUAUUCAAUUGACGGCCGGUUUAGAAAUACUUGAAGUAGAUUCAAUAAAGAAAUUUGUUACUAUUGCACUUAUCGUUAGUCUUGCUUUGCCAGUCACAGUUGCAUUGAUUGCAACAAUAUGUAUUAUAAAACGUCAAUGUUCAAAACAAAAUAUUAGCAGUUAUGAUGUUAUUGAAGAUUAA